AUGAAAAAGGUCCCAACAGAACGCACAACAAAGCAACCUGUGGAAAAUGGCGACAUAGAUGGUAUUAUCUCAGAAGAGAAGGAUAUGAACAAGGACACACUGCAGUCAGAAGGACAACUGGACGACGAAAAUGCAGCGAAUGCAGACCCUGAACGUGGUGGACCAGCGCCCAUCAAUCGCGACGAGGCGCCAUGGUCGAUUUGGACUCCCAGGCAGAAGAAAAUGAUCAUCCUGGCAGCUUCUUUUGCCUCCCUUUUGUCUCCACUGUCCGGUCAGAUUUACUUUCCGGCCUUGAACAGUAUCGCGACGGAUUUGCGUGUCUCUGACAGUCUGGUCAACCUGUCGGUCACAACGUACAUGGCGGGACCUUUGAUCCUGCUGAUUGUCAUUGCUUUCUGCCUCUCUGCCUCGCUAAACUGUAUUGCGGUCUUGAUGGUGGAUCUGUAUCCAGGCAAGGCAGGGACUGUGACCGCCUCGAACAAUCUCCUGCGCUGCUUACUGGGAGCCGGUGCCACCGCGUUAGUCCUACCGAUGAUCAAUGGUAUUGGCAUCGGAUGGACGUGCUCGUUCUUUGGCUUCCUCAACUUUGCGACCACUCCUCUACUGUGCAAAAUCGAUUCCUAUUUUGUCAUUAAUCAAAGCAAAAAGACAAAGGAAUUUGGUCCCCUUUAUAUUGCACUUGCUGCUUCAUUUGCAACACCUUCUUCUAUGUACUGCGCUAACUUGCAUAGGAACCAUUCUGGAUUAGAAAACCCCAGAAUCUUUGGCGAGUACUGGGCAAGAGGCAAAAAUAACCAGACUGAAUGGGGCCAUCUCCCGAUUCGAGCGAGUUAUGUAUGGUCUAAUCAUGUACAAAAUGGGCCUGCAAUGAUUAGAUUACUUUUCUGA